AUGGACUUCUACGAGGCGCACCCCGGCGGGAAGGUGGAUUUCGGCAGUAAAAGACCCGUGCUGGUUCUUCAGAAUGACUCUCUCUACUCCCAGAGACGUCCGUACACCAGCGAAGAUGAAGCCUGGAAAUCCUUUCUUGAAAAUCCCCUUACAGCAGCUACCAAAGCUAUGAUGAGCAUCAACGGCGAUGAAGACAGCGCAGCUGCCCUCGGACUGCUGUACGAUUACUACAAGGUGCCAAGGGAGAGGAGAUCUUCAACAGCUAAGCCAGAGGUAGAACAUCCUGACCAAGAUCAUAGCAAAAGGAACAGCAUCCCGAAUGUGACGGAACAGUCACUUAUUUCUGCUGGAGAAAACAGAGUCCAGGUCCUGAAGAAUGUGCCUUUCAAUAUCGUCCUUCCGCACACGCCCCAGAUGGGCAUGGACAAGAGGGGCCACCUCACGACCCCUGACACGACCGUCACCGUCUCCAUCGCGACGAUGCCCACCCACUCCAUCAAAACGGAGACACAGCCCCACAGCUUCGCAGUGGGCAUCCCUCCGAGCGUCUACCACCCCGAGCCCCCCGAGCGGGUGGUGGUGUUUGACAGGAACCUCAAUCCCGACCAGUUCAACUCCAACACCCAGCCUCAGAACUCCCAGAGGCGGACGCCGGACUCGACCUUCUCCGAGACCUUCAAGGAAGGCGUGCAAGAGGUUUUCUUUCCUGCUGAAUUGAACCUCCGGAUGACCAACAUGAACUCAGAAGAUUAUGUUUUUGACAGUAUUUCUGGGAAUAAUUUUGAGUACACCCUGGAAGCCUCCAAGUCUCUCCGGCAGAAGCCAGGGGACAGCACGAUGACUUACCUAAACAAAGGCCAAUUCUACCCGAUCACGCUGAAAGAAGUGAGCAGCAGCGAAGGAAUCCAUCACCCCAUCAGCAAAGUCCGAAGUGUCAUCAUGGUGGUGUUUGCUGAAGACAAAACAAGAGAAGAUCAGCUCAGGCACUGGAAAUACUGGCACUCGAGACAGCACACAGCCAAACAAAGAUGCAUUGACAUAGCUGACUACAAGGAGAGCUUCAACACCAUCAGUAACAUCGAGGAGAUCGCGUACAACGCCAUUUCCUUCACCUGGGACAUCAACGAGGAGGCAAAGGUCUUCAUUUCAGUGAACUGCCUCAGCACGGAUUUCUCCUCUCAGAAGGGGGUGAAAGGCCUGCCCCUGAAUCUUCAGAUUGACACCUACAGCUACAAUAACAGGAGUAACAAGCCCGUGCACAGAGCCUACUGCCAGAUUAAAGUCUUCUGUGACAAGGGAGCAGAAAGGAAGAUCAGGGAUGAAGAGCGAAAGCAAAGCAAAAGAAAAGGCAAGUGCACUGACCCCAGCUCUCAGUUGAAUGCCUUCUCCGAUGUCAAAGUGCCCAUGCUCCCCUCGCACAAGCGCACGGACAUCACCAUCUUCAAGCCCUUCAUGGACCUAGACACGCAGCCAGUCCUUUUCAUUCCCGACGUUCACUUUGCGAACCUGCAGCGCGGUGCUCAUGUCCUUCCUGUUGCUUCUGAAGAACUGGACGGUGAAAGCUCUAACCUGAAGCGAGGAGCCUAUAUUGGCGAAGAGGACUUCAUUGCCAGUCCUAAUAAGAUGGCCAGAAUAGAAGAACCAAAAAGAGUGUUGCUGUAUGUCCGAAAAGAGUCAGAAGAAGUCUUUGAUGCACUUAUGUUAAAGACCCCAUCUCUGAAAGGCCUAAUGGAAGCUAUAUCUGACAAGUACGACGUACCUUUUGAUAAAAUAGGAAAGAUCUUCAAAAAAUGUAAAAAAGGAAUUCUGGUCAACAUGGAUGACAACAUUGUGAAACACUAUUCUAAUGAAGAUACCUUCCAGCUGCAGAUCGAAGAAGUCGGGGGAUCUUACAAGCUCACUCUCACUGAGAUCUAAGAUCACUGAUCCUCUGUGGAUUUAAACUAAGGUCUCGAGUGAACAUUUUCCCAUAAUUUGGUGUGUUGGGUAAAACACUAAUCGCCUUCUCCAGGAACAAGCCAGGUGUUGGCUGGCUCUGGGGAUCAGAGUAGUGGUUUUGCUUAAUACCUUUUGUUUCUGUUCUUUCCAGAGAACGUGGUAGCGCUCAUGGCCUUAUUUGCACUUGAAAUGAGCGAGCAAAGACCAGCAAUUAAAUAGAGAGCAUGUAUAAAACACUAGUAACUACGGGAGGGGAAAACCCUUGGAAGGUGGCCUUUUAGAGUGGUGGUAUCUUAUUUAUCUCUUCAGUACCCACGUGUGAGCCUGUUCUCAGCUAAUAGCGUUGUCUGGGACUGUUUUCUGUUAGGUAGAGCUGCGGAGCCACUACUUGACACUAGGAGGAAUUGCGGCAGGUCGGAGAAAAGUCUUUGUGAUGUUUACUCGCUAACAGGGCAGGUUGUU